AUGGAGGUUUUUGCUUCUUUUGUCUAUGCAGGAAUUUCUAAAGUUGCUAGAAUUGUUCUGUGGGAAUCCCUACAGCUCAUCCAAGGUUCAAUUGAUAAGGCUUGGCUUGUGGGAGGAGGCUUCAAUUGCGUUUCCUCUCCUGCUGAGAGGAAGGGAGGCAGACCUCCCAACCCCACCACUAUAUCAUUCUUUAAUGAUAAUAUCCAAAAAAUUGGGUUAUUUGAUCUGCGGUUCAGUGGUCCUAGCUUUACUUGGAGAAGGAAGGACAAGUGGGAAAGGUUGGACAGAGUGCUUGCCAAUGAUAAUUGGAUCCAAAAGUUUUUGCAGACUUCCAUCACUCACUUAAGCAUUGUUGGUUCAGACCACAGGCCUUUACUGAUCACUAUAGAGAAUAAGUGGAAGGAACAAUUCCUACAACAAAAGGCUGCCAAAACCAAAUUUACUGAAGGAGAUAGAAACACUAAAUUUGACCAUGCCUGCAUAAAAUACCAGAGAAAAUGUAACACUAUACACUCCAUCAAGGACCAAAAUGGAAUUUGGAUCAAGCAGGAGGAGGAAAUUGCUAAAAGUGUUGUGCAGUACUGCCAGAACCUAAUGAAUGAGAUCAACUGUGAAAGAGUGCACAUUGAUAGCAAUUUGUUUGUUAACAGCAAGAAGUUUACUGCCAAUCUGCAUUUAAAAGAUAUUCCUGAUGAGGAGGUUAUCAAUUUAUACAGCUCUAAAUCUACUGGACCUAAUGGGUUUACUGCAGACUUCUACAAGAAAGCAUGGGAGGUUAUCAAGGUGGAGACCUCUAUCAAGGAUAGCUGGAAUCAUUACAGAACCCUGAGUCUUAACAAUGUGAUAAGCAAGACUAUAAGUAAAAUUAUUGUACACAGACCCCAGCCUGUAUUACCUCAACUUGUCAGCAAUAACCAAGCUGCUUUUGUGAAAUCUAGAAGCAUUGGGGAUAACAUCCUCCUGGCUCAAAAACUUCUACAGGAUUUGGAGAAAACUUGCAGAGGGGGAAAUGCCAUCUUUAAGCUUGAUUUGAAGAAGGCUUAUGACAUGGAGAAUAGAAAAAGUUUUAACACAUAUCACAAUAGAGCUAAGAUGGAUAUCAGCCAUCUGAUCUAUGUUGAUGACAUUCUAGUGUUUACUAGGGCUACUAAGUCUGCUACCAAGUCCAUUAUGGAGUGCCUUCAACACUUCCAACAAAUGUCUGGUCUAAAGGUAAACAAUGAUAAAUUUGAGAUUCUGAUCAGUAAAAGAGCCUCUCUACCAACCAAACAAUGGAUAUACUCUUACACUGGUUUCUCUAACUUGAACCUCCCUUUCAAAUAUCUGGGGAUUCACUUGAUGAGAGGAAGAACAAAGUUGAUUCAAUUUGAUGAGGUUAUUGAUAAGAUAAUCUCUACUCUUCAGGGGUGGUCUAACUCUUAUUUGUCCAAUGGUGGUAGGAUCACCCUCCUUAAGAGCAUUCCUACCUAUAUCCCUCCUUUGUAUGUUCUCCAAGUGGCUACAAUGAAAAGAAGCACCUCUUUGAUGCUGGAAAGAAUAUUCAACAGGUUUCUUUGGGCUGGGAACAGGAAACAAGUGGCUUGGGCAGGCUGGCAAAAAGUGGCUAAACCCUGGGAGGCUGGUGACUUAGGAUUUAAAGGUUUGCACCAGAUGCAACACAUCAGUCUGGGCAAGCUUUGGAUUAAAUUUAGACAAAAUGAAAGCUUAUCGACCAAGUUCAUGCAGGCGAAAUGCUGCAAAUUUGAUCACCCUGGGGAGGUCACUAGGAAGGUGGAAGAUUCCAAAAUUUGGUGUCCUACUAACUAUUUGGAACCUUUAGAGGAUGAUAAGGAGGGGGAUCUACUGGUCAAGGACUGUUGGAAUAGUAAUGUUUGGUCUGAGGACAUUUUGCAGAGUAUACUGAAGGAUCAGCCUGUCAGCUCCAUUUCUGCUAUCCAAUUUGAUAGAAAUAACAAGGAUCAUCUUAACUUGAAGAACAAAACCAAGGCUAGUAUUUCAAAGGAUAUCCAAAAUAAAUUGUACAGCUGGAACACCUGCCAGUGGAAUUUUUCCUCUUGCCAAAAACACCUUACCCCUUUCAUACUAUUCUUUUCUUGGAGAGCUCUUAAUAAUUUACUUCCUACUGAUGAUAUCCUGAAACUAAAAGGCCUGAAAGGGCCUUCUAGAUGCCACCUAUAUUGUAUUAAAGAUUGGCAAGAGAUUAACCUCAUGCCAAUUCCCUUCAUUGUUGCUUGGUUCAUCUGGAUGUCUAGGAACAUGGCCAAACAUGAGGAGAGGGAGGCCAGCACUACAAGGGCGAUGAUCAAUUGCUUGUCUUAUCUAAAUAAGCUGAUAAGUUGGAGGAAGAUCCCUAAGAUCCUACAGACUAUACCCUCCAUGGUUGCUAAUAAUAUUAAGAUCAUCAAG